GAUAAAAUAGCAGUUAGCAAUUUAUUUGAUUUACCCACAGUGGAAGAAGAGGAAAGAACUUGUCUUAAAUCAGUUUGCAGCAUCUUUGGAACAUCAAUCUUAGCCGUAUAUGUUGGUUGUGAUUAAUGCUGGCGCUGUGCUGUUUUGGAGAACGAGAGACACACCUUUACAUCUGCAGUUUACACCUAUUAAGGAGGAGUAUUCAUUGAGAUUUUUUGCACAAGUGUAAUGCCUGCUAAAGGACAGAUACAGUAACCGUAACUCUACAUACGUCGACCUGGGAGGAGAAUAUAUAACACCAUGGACCUACAGUCUCACAGAGGGUCUUCUGAUGUUCCCUGAUAUAUAAUAUUAAUUAAAUCUGUUGCAGUAAAAAAAAAAGUGGUUGCUGCGAAGAAUUAGUAAGGGAAGGUGUCCACCAAGCAUGGAUAUUUCAACAGGGGACAUCCAGCAGGUCCUUUCCAUUGACCAAAUUCGUUCCAUCCGGGCCAAUAAUGAUUAUGUGGAGCGACCUACUGUUUCAUUUAUGCAAACCUGGUCUAACCCUUCCCUAUCCCAACAUGCUGCCAAGCAAGAGUGGCCUCAUGAUCAUCUGGUAUCCUACAAUCAUCAGGAUCUACAUCGCAGCCAAAGUCAUCAACAUCCUUCACAACACCUUUCACAUGAUCUAAGCCAUUCCAGUACAAUAAGUUCAGUUUCUCGAAGUACCACUGCUUCGGAUCAAAGACUUUUAACUGGAAUAACACCAUCUCAAUCAGGGCACUCACUUAUGAGGACACAACCCAAAGAUGGUGACCCUAAACAAGAUGAGUUUAUCAAAGGAAUAAUGGAGAAACCUAACAGAUAUGUAGGUCACCUCUUUAUCUGUGAAGAGUGUGGUCGUUGCAUAUGUGAUGAAUGUACACAAGUUCGGAACCUUCCAUCUUGUUGGGUUUGUGAUCAGCGGUGCCUGUGCUCUGCAGAUAAUGUAAUUGAUUAUGGAUCUUGUCUCUGUUGUAUCAAGGGCCUCUUCUAUCAUUGCUCUACUGAUGAUGAGGACAACUGUGCUGAUAACCCUUGUUCUUGUAGUCAGGGAUCCUGCUGUGCCCGUUGGGCAGCAAUGAGCUUCCUUUCCUUCUUUAUGCCCUGUUUAUGCUGCUAUCUUCCUGCCAAGGGUUGCCUGAAGCUCUGUCAGAAAGGCUAUGACAAAGUAAAAAGACCUGGAUGCCGAUGUGAGAAUCAUACUAACACUGUCUGCAGGAAAAUAUCCUCAUCAAGUGGCACACCAUUCCCAAGGCCUUUUGAUAAGCCUGUAUGAUCCGCAGGUCAAUGUUGGAUGUAAUCCUUAAUCCUUUUCUUCUUUACUUCUUCUUGCUGUGCUCACUUUUUCACUGGUGCCAGUGACAGUGAAAGCCUUACCAAGACCCCAUCAACACCUGAGAAAUGUAAGAAGGGUUUGAUUUCCAGUUAUGCAUACAAAUUGCCCCGAAAGAGACAUAAUCAAUAACACAGAGAGAAAGAGACACUUUCUAAACACCACUCCCUUCUGAAACAGCUUAAACAACUGAUUGGUAGAAUGACCUCUCUCCUACUACUCUUGUGGCAUUGUUGAUCACAGCGUUAUCAGGAAAUACUAUGAAUUCAGGUUGAUCCUGAUAUUUUUCUCUUACAAAUGUAGCUGACCAAAAGACUGUCAGUGCUUGGCACCAUGGCACAUGCCAAGAAAAUAGCCUGUUUUGCCAUCAUGAAGAUAAAAAUCUAAAGAAUUGUCACAGUCAAUGCACCCCGACGUUAUUUGAAGAGAUCACGGAAAAUUGGAAAUAUACACUUCCUGCAUUUUUUUUUAGAAAACAAUGAAACAAGAAUAACUGUGCAACGUACAACAAAUGGUAGAAGGGUCCCGUCAGAUGUAAAAAAAUAAAAAAAGGAACUUUCCAGUUGAUUUUGAGAAGAUGCUUGGAUUUAUUAUAUGGAUUAAAAAAAAAAAAUCAGUUUAAACCUUGAGUGCACCAUUUAAUGGGAAGCUAGAAAAAUAUUUUGUAUUAUUCAUUUCAAAUUGAAAAAGAGAUCUAUAACAUAUCAACUAGGUAAAAAUACAUUUUGUCACCUAGGAAAAUAUGAUGUAAACCAAAGAAGAUUUUUUUUUUUUUGCAUGGCUACAUUGUCUCUUCUUUCUGUCUUAAACUUUCUAGUGCCACCCUUUGGUUUUCAGCCGAAAUUACUCAGGUGGCAAUCCCAAUGAAUGCCAGGUAUGUCAAUGCAUUGCCCAUCUCUCUGCCACUCAAAGUGCUCAACCCACACCCUACCCCUCUGUUAACUAUCAAGUGUGUCAUACUGGAGGUGAUUUUUACCUAGUUGAUUAAUUUAUUUUGUAUUUCGCUUCUGAAGAAGAACUUUUUUUUGGUAAGGGUUCAUUUUAAUUAUCUCUCCCCGUGUCUAAAACUAAGGGGAAACUAUACCAAUGCUGCAAAUUGAUUGCUCUUUUACAGGUGCAUAUUACAUCAUUUAAGAGUUAUGAGAUUUUGUGUCAAUUGAGGAUAACAGGUAUUUAUAAUUAGGCACUGCUGCAUUGAGGUCCUCGUUGACUUCAUAUACUGCAAUGCUGAAACUUGCACUGUUGCACUUCAUAAUAACGAACAAUAGGCAAACACAUAGGUAUCAAGGUGCUAUAACCUUUUGAGUGUCAGAAGGGUAAACAAUGCUUUAACAGAUCCUGCUGGAGACUGAAAUACAAUGUUUAAAUCAAUAUCUCCACCUGUGCCAAUGAGCAUUUUGGAAAAUGAUUGUUAAAUUAAAUUAGGGAACAUUCAGUAUAAUGAAGUACAAAAAUUGGAUUUAAAUGUAUUUAAUACGAAGAUAAUUUGCCAGUUUUACAAUUAUCGUUGUCAAUGCUUGAAAUGUGUAUAAGAAAAGAAAAAUGAAU